AUGGGUUGCACACUUUGUCCGUUUACUUCUGAGCUACCUAGCCAACUAAUAUCUACCCUCCCGCGGCUAGUCCGCCACCCACACGAGCCAACUGUGUUGGUCUCCUUCUGUUCUUACUAUCAUUCAUCUCCCAACAUGAAGUUCUCCACGCUUGCUCUGUUCUCUUCUCAGCUUCUGCUGGCCACCUCGCUGCCCCUCUCCGGCCACUCGACUGCUGGCAUAGCCCCUCGAAACGACGGCGCUUCUCAUAGCGCGGCGGAGGACGUAAGCAUCACGAAACGGAUACCCGCCGAAGGCGCCCCGACGAGCCCAGGGCCUGCCGCCGGUGAAGGUGCCGCCGGAGAAGCCAAAGAAGAAGCCGAAGGGGAGGGCGCGGCGAAGGAGCAAGAGAUUGAGGGACAAUUCACCGUGCCCGUACGGUUGGGAGGGGCGAAUGUCAAACAGGACGUCCUCUUCCCCCCCGGAAAAAACGGCCGCUUCGAAGUCGAGUUCCAGAACGCAGUCGGCCGCACCCUCACCGUGACCGAGAACAGGAACCCCGCGGCCCCUCCGCCGGGCUUCACGGCCGUGGAGCCCGUCUCCUACAAGAUCAACCUAGCCGAAGGCGCACAGGGCGUGACUCUGUCGAAAGUCGACUAUAUCAUCAACCCAGGCAUAGACGCGUUGGAUAUCAGCAAGGGACAGAUAGGCCGCCUCUUCCCCGAACUCAAUGCCUUCAUCAUCGACCCGGCCCUCGGCGAGCUCGAGUUCGAGGCUGAAGAGAACGAGCUGACGCUGACGGUGGCCAACAUGAACGGCGAGUUUGCCGUCUUUCUUCCACAGGCUGCGGGUGCUGGGAAUGCCACUACGCCGCCCAGAUAA